CUUUCGGUUGCAGCGGACGUGUGUGUGUAGCAGAGUCGGCAAAACUCUCGCUUUUCGGCGGCAGUACGAGAAACUGAGCAGCAGCAAAUAAAAAAAAGUUCAUUCUAACACAGUUCAAUUGAAAUAAAAUAACAAAAAUAACAUUUGUUUCGGCGUGCACAAACAAAAAGCGAACGAAUUUCGUGUAAAAUUGAGCAAAAAUACUUUGUGCUUUGCAGCUGUUGCCAAGCAGUUAAAGCUUCAUAGUUGACGCAAGUGCACGGCCAACGUUGCGUAUGCGUAAUAUGCGAGUGAAACGUGCACAAAAUUCCAAGCAGAAAGAAUAAUAAUAACAAAAUAUAAUCAUCAAGAUGUACAAGAGAAAGGUUUAAAGCAUCAGCAGCAGCAUCAGCAUCAGAAGAGCUAAACUCAAAUUAAUUUACAUCAAUUUAGAAAACGAAUCAAAACGAAACGAAACCAAAAUCAAAUUGUGAUUUGCGAUAAUAAUUAAUAUUAAUUGACGCGCGUUCAACCCAACACAUAAAUAUAUAAAUAUAGAAAUUUGUGAUUUUAGUUAAUUAAAUCGUAAGCGUUAAUUCAAUUAAAAUCCAGUAGACAGAACUUUACAUCAAUUAAAAGCAUUCAAAAUAAGAAAUCAAAAUUGCGUCGCCAUCAAAUAACAAAAUUGAGCUUAGUGUCAACGGCAUUGGCAACGGCCUCAGCGUGGGUCAGCCAUCCAGUGAGCAAUCAUCGAUUCGCACUCAAUCGAGGCGCAUCAGCAGCACCAGCAAAAGCAGCAUCCACAAAGCUGAACGCCACAAAAGGCAACGCAACGUUUGGCCCUUCAAGAUGCGGGUGAAGGUGGGCAAAUUUUGCCUGCAGCGACAGGCGUCGGGCCAAAGCGAAAAGUUUCCACAGCCCAGCGAAGUAACAGAAGGUGCCUUACAAGUCUGGCGUACGCUGCCCGAACGCAUACGACAGGAUCCCAGCCUAGCAUCGUUUCGACAGGAGCACGAGCGCUUACACGGCGAUGUGGAACCCUUGCCCUCCGAAGAGCAGCAGGAACAGGAAGAGCAGCAGCAACAGCAGCCACAGAGGAAUGGACAUAAUGAUGGCAGUCACGCCUUCACACAGAUUGGCAUCAAUGUGACCAACGAGGCGGGUCAAGUGCAUGUCCUCGACGGCAGGGACCUGGAGAACAACAAUGAGGAUCAGCAUGAAGAGGGCGAAACCUACUGCAGAAGUCACAUCAAAAAGUAUCUGAUUUGGUUCAAGAUAUCGGUGCUCUUGGUUGUGUGGUGCGUCUUUACCGCCUUCCUCAUGUCCAACAACGAACAUGUCGAUCAGCUGAGUCUCAUAAGUGUUCCUAGAAACGGCUCCUCAAAAGCCUUUCCCAUUACUACGCCCACCCUAGAGCGCAUUGGUCUCUCGCUGCGUGGUCCUUUCCGACUGCAGGAGAACGAGUUGCAGCUGAAUGCGAGCGUGCCGCUGCCUGUGCUGCAAGUGCAGGUGACGCGCAGCUAUUACGAUGCCUUGGGCCAGGAGAUAUACACGGAGAAUGCCAGCGAGCUGUGGCAGCUGGACAUUGUCUACACCGAUCUCAUUGAUGCCACCAAGGAUACGAAAAAAUCGCGCACCUUUGAGCUGACACCCAGUGAUCCAACGAUGCUCUCGUCAGCGAACUCGACGCGUCUCAGCUUCGAGUUUAGCUCGAGUAUCGAUGGCGAGCUGCCGCUGCAGCUGAAUGUGGAUGAAUCACCCAUCUAUAAACGUCAUGGUGUGCUCUACGCUGCCGCCGUGCUCUGCGGCCUCUAUGUGAUGAUCAUCUGGGAGAUUGUGAAUCGCACCUUUGCCGCCAUCAUUGCUUCUACCUUAUCGGUGGGCAUCUUGGCUGCUCUGAACUCGCGACCAUCGAUGGGCACCAUCAUGGGAUGGAUUGAUGUGGAGACGUUGCUGCUGCUCUUCGGCAUGAUGAUUCUGGUGGCCAUCCUCUCCGAGACGGGAGUCUUUGACUAUCUGGCUGUGUAUGCGUAUAAGAUAACCAAUGGUCACGUGUGGCCUCUCAUCAAUUGUCUGUGCUUGUUCACCGCCGUCUUGUCAUCGUUCCUCGAUAAUGUUACCACCGUGCUGCUGAUGACGCCGGUCACGAUACGACUCUGCGAGGUCAUGUCCUUGAAUCCUGUGCCCAUACUAAUGUGCAUGGUCAUCUACUCGAAUAUUGGUGGCGCUUUGACGCCAGUCGGCGAUCCGCCCAAUGUGAUCAUCGCUUCCAACAGCUACAUAUCCAAGAAUGGCGUCAACUUUGCGGUCUUCACGCUGCACAUGCUGCCCGGCGUCAUUCUGGUCAUGAUCCAAACUUACUUGCAGUUGCGCUUCAAGUUUCGUAACAUCAGCGAUCUGCAGUUCAAAGACUCGCCCGAGGUGGAGGAGCUGCGUCAUGAGAUCCAUGUGUGGAAGCGUGCGGCGGCCAGUUUGUCGGCAUACUCCAAGGACGAAGAGCUGGUGCGUCAAACGCUGAUGAAGAAGGUGAAUCGCCUGAAGCGCAGCCUCAAGAAACGCAUGACGGCAGUGAUAACGCCAGCUCCAAACUAUCAACAAACGCUGGCCAAUCUGCAGGCCAAGUAUCCCAUUCGCAACAAACAGCUGCUGAUCAAGUGCUCCGCUGCCUUGAUCUUUGUCAUCAGUUUGUUCUUCCUGCACUCGGUUCCAGAGCUGCAGCGUCUCUCGCUGGGCUGGACUGCGCUCUUGGGUGCCAUCUUUCUCAUUAUUCUAGCUGAUAUCGAGGAUCUAGAAGCCAUUUUGGCACGCGUCGAAUGGUCCACUCUGCUCUUCUUUGCCGCCUUGUUUAUACUCAUGGAAGCGUUGACUGAAUUGGGUUUGAUUGAAUGGAUUGGCAACAUGACCGAGGGCAUUAUUCUGGGCGUGGGCGAAGAUCAGCGCUUGAUGGUGGCCAUAUUAAUAAUACUCUGGGUGUCUGCUGUCGCCUCUGCCUUUGUGGACAAUAUUCCGCUGACCACGAUGAUGGUGAAGAUCACCAUUUCGCUGGCUCAGAACAGCACAUUGAACUUGCCUUUGCAGCCCUUGGUCUGGGCACUUGCCUUGGGCGCCUGUUUGGGCGGUAAUGGCACGCUGAUUGGCGCUUCGGCGAAUGUGGUUUGUGCCGGUGUUGCAGAGCAGCAUGGCUACAAGUUCACGUUUCUCGAGUUCUUCAAGGUUGGCUUUCCCAUUAUGAUUGGCAGCAUUAUUGUGACAACGGGUUAUUUGCUGCUCUCGCAUUCGCUGUUCGCGUGGCAUUGAUGAAUACUGAAUGAAUAUCUAUCGAUGAGUGAUGAUUGAUAAUGGAUGUUGGCCAUGGACAGCAUGGGAAUUGACUGUGUCGAUUUCUGAACAAGGCGCACUUUACCUCGUUACCUAGAGCAACAAUGUUAAACAUUCGACACUUAUGCAUAAUAUCAGCUGCAGUUCAAACUACAAUAAUAAUAA